AUGCCCAAGGAAGACUACCUCGUGGACUGCUUGCUCGGCAAAGGCUCGUUUGGCGAGGUCUAUAAAGGCAAGAACUUGCACACGGGCCAGACGUUUGCACUCAAGAUCAUAGACUUGGAGGAGGCCAGCGACGUGCGGGACCUCAUCAAGGAAAUCCACUUCUUGUCCCGUGUGCGGUCCCCACACUUGACCCGCUACUACGAGACGUUUCUCCAGGACACAAAAAUGUGGAUCGUCUUGGAGUAUUGUGGCGGAGGCUCGUGCUCGGAUUUGCUCAAGUGCUUUGGCAAGCUCAGGGAGCCCGUGGCCUGUUUCAUUUUGCGGGACGUGCUCCAUGGGCUCGAGUAUCUUCACGGGCAGCGCAAAGUGCACCGUGACAUCAAGCUGGCCAAUAUCUUGCUCACCGACGACGGUAAGGUGAAGCUUGCGGAUUUCGGCGUGAGCGGCGAAAUGUCCUUGACUCGAACCAAGAGAAACACCUUGGUGGGCACGCCCUACUGGAUGGCGCCCGAGGUGAUUUCCCACUCGGCCAAGGGCUACGACACCAAGGCGGACAUCUGGUCCACCGGCAUCACGGCCAUAGAGUUUGUCACGGGCCACCCACCGCUUUCUUCAGUGGAGCCCAUGGAGGCGCUCUUCAAGAUCCCCAGCAACAAGCCGCCCGAGCUCGAGGGCAUCCAUUUCUCCGAAGACAUCAAGGACUUUGUGCGCUACUGCUUGAUCAAGUCCGCAAAGCAAAGGCCCAGUGCGUCGCUGCUCCUCCACCACCGGUUCAUCAGCACCUGCCCUGGGGACGUCGAUAUUGGCGAGCUCCUCUUGAAGAAGCAAGCCCGCGAGUUGAACCUGAAGAAGAAAAAGACCAAGCCGGCACACCAGGCAAAGGUAGAGCGGAACCCGUCCAUCCAUUGGAACUUCACGGCAACGCUUUCCGGGGCCAAGCACCCGGACCCCGUGCCGCCACCGGUGGCAAUCCUGCAGCCGCAGCAGCUGUCGGUAUAUGGCAACUUCAUCCACGAGUCACUCUCCAAGGUCAUGGCUCGGGCCAAGACCAAGGUGGCCCGGGCUUGUGUGGAAAACUUGCGGGACGAGUUUUCGCGGGCCGAGCAGAGCAACGUGGGGCUAUGCCAUGCGUUUAUCGAGGAGCUCCGCGUCCUCAUUGACGACUACCGGUGA